AUGCACAAUCAUUCUGGUGGUUGUUGUUGUGGAGAAAAGAGUAACUCUGGUCAGGAAGAAGGCUACAGUCUAUACCAAAGAAUAGACUUUACAUCUCUGAUAUGCCUGAACGAAAAAAGACGAGGCACAGGAAGAACUGUGUUUAAACCGUACGAGCAACGCCACAGUCCCGAUUAUGUCGAAAGUGACGUUGACCCCGAACUAUUGUUCAGCUUCUCCAGGGUCAGUCAACUUGGAGUCGGUCAUGCUCUACGGGGGAGUCGGCAGAGCCCAUCCCUCCAAACUCAAAAUGUAAGCACUACACUCAGCGGUAGCUAUAAAAACGUGACCUUCACGAAUUUUGGGAGAAUCCCCCCGAAGGCGGACGUGGAGUUUGUGGUGGGGAAUUCUGCGAAUGAGGUGAUGGUGUUCAAUACAAGCACAACCCAACAAAUGAAGAACAUAACCAGUCUGUCCCUCUACUUCCCAGAGAACUACGGGGCAGAGUCCACUCGCAUUUACUACAUUGGACUGAAGGGGCAGUUCGACCGACUCAACCGUCCGGGAAUACUCCUCUACAACUAUGAACUCACUCCUAACCCCUCCGACGUGUCUUCCCCCGUUGAUUCGGCCGUCGAUAAAACUAUCUUUUGA